UCCGAUUCAAUGUUGCGAUUCGGUCAGCGGGGAGACCGCCGCGGAAGUCCCCAGUGGUGCGCGCUGUCGUGUGAGAGUGAUCGUUGCUUCUACAAUGUGAAUAUGAGUGAUAUGUCGGUGAUAGAGCAGCAUUGUCGCAACUGUAUACGUCCGUUACGAGCUCGGAGGGGCCACUGACGUUGUCAGUCCCGUCCCUCCGUCCCUAGUGCCAAAAAUUUUGCAACGUGAAAGUAUAGAAUUGUGCCACGCGUGACCUCCCUUAGGUUUCCAAGGCUCACCAUGCUAUCUUGUCGGAGUCGCUUCAGGAAUUUGUUUGUUAAACCAAUAUUUAACCCAACGUUGUGGACAUGCACGCCGUUAACGAAAUCAUAUCCAUUUUGGAAAAAAUCAAUAUUACAAAAGAGCUGUUGGAGACCACCAGACUUGGCAAGCACGUGAACGAGUUAAGGCGGAAGACCUCAGACCCGACUCUAGCGCGUCGCGCCAAGGUCCUAGUCAAGAGAUGGAGGGACCUUGUCAUACCUGUAGCUUCACCGGGGCAUACAGGAUCAAAUCGUUCGUCAGCUGAGCGGCAGAUCCGUCGGCUUGGAGGGAACACUCCGCUGACGUCGCCUGCCCUGUCCCGGGUGGCUAGUCCGGCAUUGUCCAGUCCAAGACCGUUGUCGAGGCCAGCAUGGGGUGGAUACGAGUCGGACUCUCAGGACGUGAUCCUGGUGGACGACGAUCCUCCUCCUCCACCAGCUGUCGUACCGCACAAACCUGUCACACCACCCGUGAAAAGGCCGCCAUCCGUCGAAGCGGUAUAUGAUGAGAAAAAAGCGAAGAGAGACAAAAAACCCAAGAAAAAAAGAGUUCACAGUCGCGCCGGGUCCGGCUCGGAGACCACAGCGGAGCCGGGGUGGGGGGCGCGCAACGGGGCCGCCCCCCACCGCCGGAACGGGACCCGGCCCCCCGACCCCUACGCCGCGCUCGUGCACCGCCUGCCGCCCGCCGGGGGCAAGAAGGUGAAGACAACAAAGGAACUGCUAGAACAGAUUCAGUCACGAGGGAAACCCCCCUCCCCCGGCUCCCCGGUGGCCUCCCCGCCCGCCUCGCCUGACGUCAUGCUCAUUGAACCUGAACCGUGUCCUGUAAAGGUGAGCUCCCCGCUUCGCAACGGUUCAUCUCCGGCGCCGGCGGUGACGACCCCGGUCCCCGCCGCGCCCGUUUUCAUCUCCGAGAUGGAGGAAGAGGGCGUGGAGUGCACGUGCGGGGAGGAGCAAGAGGAUGAGCACUGUCCGGCGGCGAGCCGGCGGGUCCUGCAGCCGCUGCACGUGCACGCGCUGCAUCACACGUACGUGCCCGGAGUCAACGGCACGCGAGCGCCCCCCCUCCCCCACCCCUUCGCGGUGCGGCCCCCCGCCAGACUUGACGACCCCGAUCUCUUUACCAGCGUCGUACCCCUGUACAAUUACUCAGAUUAUGCGGACGACUACUGUGUCAAAAACAUGUCGCGGGUUCCGAUCUGUCCGCACCUACCGUGGACGGAGUUCGCGCCUGCGCCCCCCUCGCCGCCUCCACCCCCGUCGCCGCCUCCGAUUCGUCCCUAUCCGGUAGACGAGCCGGUGGUGAAGCGGGAGCCGGAAGACCCGGAUACCGAUCCAGAGGCCGGACUCGACGACCGGCCCGACGGUAAACCUAAACCAGACUCUUCGAAAGUGGAGUCCGAGAUGGUCGGCGUCCCGAGCCUCGAGCCAAGCGAGCGGCUCAAGGCGCCGCUGCUCUCCAACGAAGAGGAGACGCAGUUCGGCAAGAACGAGCCUCACCCUCGGAUGGAAGUCGAAGAGCAGUUCGAGACUGAACCCCAGGAGCACCGCACCGUCGAGAGAACGAAAGAAGUGAAGCCGGAGAAGAAGGAGGAGACGGAGGAGACGGUGGACGGGCGGACGCUGGUGGCGCUGUGCUCCCGCGCGCUGGACAGCACGCGCUACGACUACACGCAGAUGAGCCGCGCGCCCGUGCUGGCGCUGCCGGAGCACGAGGGCGCGCUGCGGGCGGCGCUGGCGGGCGCGGCGGAGGGCGCGGCGGCGGGCGCGGUGGACGCACUGGGCCGCCCGCCCCGCCCCGCGCAGUUCGCGGAGUGGCACGAGUGCGCCACGCUGGGCGACGUGCUGGCGCUGCCGUAUGUCGUCAUCGACUGAUCCGACCGAACCUGUGCCAAACGGUCACCGACCAAGUGCCCUUAUAUUAGUUACGUAAGCUCCCGCUCUUGUAUAUAUACACCGGUGCCGCUCGAAUAUGUAAAUACGGACUCUGUCUCGCUUCCUCCGCCCCCCCUCUCGCUCGCACACGACGCGAACACCUGGUACUCUCCUAGGUAGGAUACGUUUUUGAAGGUGUCACCAAUUUGUAUAACGUUAAGUUUUGUGUAAUACGACAUCAACUACUGUAAAUUUGAAAGGAACCAAACUCUAAAGCUUCCUCCAGUAUAAAACCGACACACGACGCAUCGAACAACGUGUAACAACAACCCCGGUCGAUUUUUGUUAAUUAACAUCGAUAAUUAUGAUUACUUUAAGUAAUGAUUUACAUGACAAUAACAAAUACCACACAUACAUAUAACAGUAGAUAUGUAAGAAUAAAGUUUCAUAUAUACAAUUCUUCUCUGGCGUGUGUGACUGAACUCUUCGUAAAAGGUUGACCGAUUUUAGGCCUAUUCAAGUGGAAUGUUCGAGAAUGGUUUAGAAUCACAAUUCGGUCCGCUACAAAAAUGUUUCAAAAAUUUUUAUAAUAUAAAAUUCUCGUUAAGGUUAUUAUAUUAUUCAACAAUGUUACAUAUUAAAAAAUUGUAAAAGUUUUUUUUUAAUGGUUCUUUUUUGUCAAUACUUAUUGGGACUUUAAAUGUAUCUUUUAUUAACUUCACUCUUGCAUAACUUGUUUUACAUUUAUACGGAGUGUGACUAUAGUCCGUCCGAUAAAUGAUGAUAUACAAUUUUAAAAAAAAUACUUUUAAAAUUACUAAAAACACCAGCUCUGUAUAGAACAUCGGCUUUGUACUUAUUUAUCUCUAGUUUUUGUUUCUGCGCUUUAAUACUAAAUUUAAAUUUGGAAGUGCGACUUGAAAAGUCGAAAUCCGACCUUAAAGCUCUUUUGUCGGGCUUUUUUUCUCAAUACCACAUAACGAGCCAUUGCUAUUCAAUUAACGUUGUCAGUAUUUUCGGACGAAAGCGGAGAGCGUUUGUAAUCUGUCUCGCUAUACAUACACUGGUUCACAAUAAUAACUUGAUUUUUUAUACUAAAUUUUAUAUUGUACACGCUUCUACCAAUAAUGUCCCUAUAGAAUGCCCCUUCUGUAUCUCGCAGGGUUGUUGUUCCACGUUAAUAGGAAACUGGACAGUUCUAGUUUUGUCCGAAAACCGGCUACAUUGCGUGUGACGUCAUUUGUGGCCAAACCAAACUAGAUCCUUCACAACGAUCAAUCACAUAUGACCUCGUGCGCUGUUAUUGGUUUACAGCUUGACAUGAAAAGAAAAUCCAAUAGAAUUAUUCGAUAUUAUUCAGUGGUUAAUGAUAUUAAUCGUUAAUAUCAUACAAAAUAGCGAUUGAACGAUUUUAAAAUAAGUAAUUAUGAUCUUGAUUGAUGAUUAAGCGAAACGGAAUAUGUAUGUUUGUUUGCAAUUAAGUUGUAUAUACAUAUGUUUAAGUUUGAUGUUUGAAAUGUCCCGUCACACUUAUGUGAAAAUUGUCCUUUUUUUUUUUAACGUUUUGUGAUAUCACCUUUUGUAUUUGAUGUUUUGCUUUCAAAAUGAGCGUUUCCUUUUUUGUUAACUGUACAGAUUUUUUCGAUAAAUUAUCUCUGUUUGCUGUCAACUGUACUCUGAAGUCGUUAACGUAUUGAAAGCAAAGUAUCAAGAUAUUUUGUAAAAAAAAAAUUCGACGCAUUCAUUAUAUUGAAAUGUUAGUUUAAGAAGUGCUCUCACUCGUUAUAAUGAUUGGCAUCAUUUGAUAGACAAUCAGCAGCCUCUCGUACCCGAAUGUGAUGAAACAAAGGAAAAUAAACCUUAACGUAGUUAGUUAAAGUGUUACAAUUGUAUAUACAAAUAAUGGAUCCACGCAUACAACAUAAUGUUGCCGACGGUGAAUUAAAAGUAAAUUUAAAAAAUUUAGCUUAACUAAUUCAGUUGUUUUUGUUGACGGUACUAAAUCUUUGGUACAGUAGAUUGGGGGAAUCGGGACGCUUUCCAAUUCCAACACACAUUUCAGCGGUUUUGCUUAGGUUGAUACCAAUAAAAUUGAGUUUAAAACGGUUCCAGAGGCUAAAAUUGUCAUAUACGAUGCGUUAUUAUGCAUAGUUCAUUGAAAAAUAUACACAAAAACUUAAAAAACUAGCUUGACCUGAUCCACCUUGGCUUUUGGGGUGAUUCUGGUCACGUAUGGGGACAAUAGAGUUUUUCGAUAGGGGUGGCACUGUUUAGUUGUUAGGUAGGUAGUUAGUUACCUUUAGGUAAUUAACUUUUCAAUAUC